AGAGCAACACAGGAGAAUGAAAUGAUUCGUUUCUCACUUAAUUAUCGCUUAUUAGCACUAUUUCGAUUGCCGAUGUUUAUAAAAAUCGAAAAAAUCCAGUGAAAUCGACCCUUGUGUCCUUCUGCUGAGUAGCCACGAUAACUUCCCGAGACGGUUAAAAUGGGAGUGUAGCGGGAGCGCUUGUUUAGGUCAGCGGGUAGUCCCUCCGCCCCGCAUCCCCUCCCACCCCACGCGCGGCACGUGACGGACAGCAACAGCGGGUGACGUAGUACCCAGACUGUCCGGUACAAAUACCGGGCUAAAGGCAUUGUUCGCACCUGUACUCUCGUCCCUGGAACUGGUCCUGCUGGGUAUAGCACUAUACCUCAGACAAAAGAAAAAGUUCUCACGGCGAGAUGACUGGACACUCAGACCGGACUCUGGUGAGGUGCGUGACGGCGGUCAUUGUCGCGACAUCUGUCCUGUCCUGGGCCCAGCUUGUGGACCCAGAGAAAGCCUGCCUUUGCUCUGGAAUACACAUCGAUGGGUGCCAUCGCGCCUAUGAGAACUCAUGCCUGAUUACAGAUUGCACCAUUGUCGAUGCUUCCUCUCUCAAGAACGUGAUGCUACAAAACUCUUCUGCCUUUGACAAGUUUUUUUCAGUCCUACCUGCUGAAAAAUGCCCCUCAGGUGAAAAGUCAAGUCGAAGAACAAAUGACUCAGACCCUCAGACUGCCCUCCCUGAGCCCAGUGGGAGGAGUUAGACAGAGAGAAUUGGACUGAACGAGAGAGAGAGAAAGGUUGCAUCACCGCUUUAAUGAGACAAAACACUGACUGUUGUCAUAGCUCGAGAAAUCACAGAAUAAAAUCAGACAUGAACAAAAUUUUUAAAAAAAAUGAUGCGAUAAGUUAUCAGAAUGCUGUUCAACUGCUCGUGCCCUGUGUAUGUAUAUGUAAGUCUGUUUUUCUGUGGUUGUACUAACUGUACCUUGACUUGAAUAGUAAAGUCCCGGUCUGAUAAA